AACCACAAUGUUGGAAUUCAUGUUUGAAACAGCAAGCAGGCUCUUUUUCCUGGUUCUGAUAAUAAAUGCAGCACUCCUUGUGGUUUCUGAAAAAGAAGUCAACAAAGGAUUUUUUCAAUCCAAAUAUGUUUUAAUCUAUCGUACCAAUAUGGAUCAUCUGGAAUCAUCACACAUAACAAACGAGAUCGCUCCCAUGGAUAAAAAUCAUAGUCAAAAUCAUUUCUGUUUGAAUACCAACACUUCAGCAAGGAGACAAUUAUUGAUGUACGAAGCCAGUGAUUUUCAGGUUAAUGUCAGCAAAAUUGAAGUUAAUGUUUUGGACUCUAUAACACUGAAAGUGAUCAUGAAUGUUUCUGGGAAUAUAUCUUGCCACUGGAACUUUAUGAACAUCAUAACUCAGUGUAAUGUGAAUUAUUGCACCCCACACAGUCCAAUCAUUACUUUCACAAUUUCUCAAGUCACUGAACGGCAUGCAGGAAUAUACAAUCUCACUAUUGAAGGCACAGACACAAUUAGCUUUCCAAUUUUUGUUAGAGCAAAACCCAGAAAACCAAAAAUUACAAUGGAGAAAGAGGGAGAUGUGACUACAUUGGAAUGCACAGCAGAAAGUUACCCAGCUUCUACACUUACUUGGAGUUCCAGUUCUACAAGCUCUUCAGAACUGCCAGGCGUAAGUCAUAAUAAAUCCAUUGAAAGCUUUGGAGUGACAAGAAUUAAGAAAAAGAUUUCCAUAAGCAAGUGCAUUCAUGAUAACAUAUCUUGCUGUGCAAGCAAUAUUCAUGGAACAGAGUGUUCAAGUCUUUACACUCAAGAUCUUGAUAGAUCAGAAAGAGAAAGCUCAGGUUUGAAUAUUUUUCUGAAAGUUGGUGAUCCAUUUCUGCUGCGAUGUAUUGCUUCGUAUGAAACGUACAAAUUCAGAAUAGGUUGGACUAAGAACACAAAAGCAGGAGAUACCACAGAGGUCCUGGAAGUUGAAGAAUCAUUUCUAUUAAGCAGGUACACAAGGAUCAUAUUCCUGUUUAUUACUUCAGUACAUUUGGAAAAUAGCGGAUUAUAUACAUGUACUUCUACAAAACAUUCAAACAAAACAGUCAAAUUAACAGUCAUUGAGAAAGGAUUUAUAAAUUCGUCAAUAACAAACAAUGUUCAUACUAUUGGUGAAACAGAGAACUUUUGCUUUGAAGCUAAACUGAAGGCGUACCCACCUGUAAGAUGCCAGUGGUAUUUCUCGCAAAAAGCAUUCUCCUGUUUACUUAAAAAAGUGUCGGGAAACAGUUAUUCUGCGUCAUUUUGUGAUCAUGGUCAUAAACCAGGAAUCUAUGAAUUUUUUGCAGAAAAUGAGGAAGCAGAAUUUCAGACAUUUUUUACUUUAUAUGUAAAAAAGAAACCAUCUCUAGAACUUUCAUCAGGAAAAGAUAAUAUUUUCUGCAACUCCACAAGCUAUCCAUUAGCCACAGUGAGUUGGAAAAAGUGCAAUGAAAAAUCCUGCGCUGGAAGUGAAAAUAUAACUGAGGGCAUUCAGACCGAGGUGUCAGAUGGAAAAACGUUUGGUUCCAAAAGUAUACUGAGUGUAAUGGAUGCAACGGUCAUGACGGGUGGGUUUUCAGUAGAGUGCUGUGCAGAGAAUGCUGUAGGCUCAAUCUGCAAAAGAAGCUAUCUUCCAGAGCAAGAUAAAAUGCAGUUUUCAAAGACUAUUUUCUACAUGACAAUUGGAAUUUUUGGUCUGGUUACAAUCCUGUUUUUCGCUUUCAUAUUCCCUAAAUGUCAAAAGCAACCUGGUUAUGAACAGCAGCUCCUCAUGAUACAAGUUAUUGGAUCCUCUGAGAAUGAUUAUGUUUAUGUUGAUUUUACCCACACUGAUUAUGAUCCAAAGUGGGAAUUUCCUCGCGAAAACUUGGAACUGGGGAAUGUACUUGGCUCUGGUGCGUUUGGAAAAGUCAUGGAAGCCAUGGCAUAUGGAAUCAAUAAAGCAGAUGUCCCUGUCCAGGUGGCUGUGAAGAUGUUGAAGGAAAAAUAUGAGCCUUCUGAAAAAGAUGCCUUGAUGUCUGAACUGAAAAUGAUGAUUCACAUGGGGCGCCAUGAAAACAUUGUGAACCUCUUAGGAGCUUGUACUAUUUCUGGUCCAGUAUACCUAAUCUUUGAGUAUUGUUGCUAUGGAGACCUUCUUAACUAUUUAAGAAAUAACCGGGAGAAAUUUCAUAAGACAUUGACUGAUGUAUUUGCACAUAACAACUUUAGCUUCUAUCAUAAUCUUUACAACGAUCAACAAUUCAGCUACAAAGCUGGAAAUUUUGUGCAAAAUCAAUCUUAUGUACCAAUGAAUAGAGAACCUGAUACUGGUAUGUUGUCACAAAGGUGUGAUUGUGAUUUACUAUUCCAUGAGGAUGAACUAACAUGUCCAUUAAAUACAGAAGCUGACUAUCAGAAUGCCAGGAGAUAUGAAGAUGAAGAUUUGCAUGUUCUUACUUUUGAGGAUCUCCUGAGCUUUUCAUAUCAAGUUGCCAAAGGGAUGGAAUUCCUGACUUCACGAAGUUGUAUUCACAGAGAUCUGGCAGCAAGGAAUGUGUUAGUUACCCAUGGGAAAGUAGCAAAAAUAUGUGAUUUUGGAUUGGCCAGGGACAUCAUGCAAGAUUCUAACUAUGUCGUCAGAGGCAAUGCACGACUGCCUGUCAAGUGGAUGGCACCUGAAAGCUUAUUUGAAGGCAGUUACACAAAUCGCAGUGAUGUCUGGUCAUAUGGAAUCUUAUUGUGGGAAAUAUUUUCACUUGGUGUCAAUCCAUAUCCCGGAAUUCAAGUGGAUUCUAACUUCUACAAGUUAAUUAAGAGUGGAUUUAAGAUGGAUCAACCAUUUUAUGCUUCUGAAGAGAUAUACAGCGUGAUACAAUCAUGCUGGGCUCUUGAUCCACGAAAACGACUCUCAUUUUCAGACCUAGUUUCUAUUUUUGAAAAGCAACUUGCGGAUGCUGAAGUAGCUCUUUAUCAUAACUUAAAGGUGUGCAAAUACAGUUCAAACUAUAAAAACCUCCCUAUUAGUUCUAAGGAGCGCACCAGCAUCCAUUCUGCCACAUCAUUACUGAAGGAAAGUACUCCAAAGAAUGAAGAUGUGCAAAUGUAAUUUUUCUGCAGUAUGGACCAUCAAAGAUAGGUGGUUUCACUGGACAUUGGAUGUUUUCUUUUCACCACUAAGCUAAUCAAUGACUGUCUCAGCUGCUAACAUCAAAAAGGUUGCAAUUAUUGAAACAGUUUUACUUUUCUUCUGUGGUAGUUCAGUCGUUUAUGGAAGAUUGGGCUGUCAGAAAUUUGUAUAUCUCUGCUUGUGUUAUAGAGUAUUGAAAAAUGUUAGGUUAAGAACUAUGUAGAAAUUAAGGCAUUUGCAAUUAAACCACAAAAAUUAACAGCUCAAAGGUGAUGAAAGUUACAAUUUAAAAGAGAUGAUGAGCUUACUGUAUGAACUGGAUGAUGUAGCAAACAGCACUGGGAGUACAGAGAUUGUGGCUGUACAGGUCGACAAUGAUGAAACUGCAAUUGAGAUUGGAGGAAGUCCCUGGUCCAGUAUAUUAAGAAUAAUAGCUAACUGUCUAUUAAAUUGUUGUAAAAUCCUAUUUGGUUGACUAAUGUCAUAAGGAAAUCUAUUGUUCUUUCCUGGUCCUGUCUAUAUGCAACUCCAGACCCACAGCAAUUGUGGUCAAGUUUUAACUGUCCUCUGAAGCGGCCUAACAAGGCACUCAAUUACCAACAAGUUGGCUCACCAUCACCUUCUCAAGAACAUUCAUGGAUGGAUAAUUAAAGCUGUAGAUAUUGGUGGUGUUACCCAUAUGCCAUGAAUGAAAAUAAAACAAAAGUACAAUAGGCCCUAUCUAAAGCAGAUAAUACUUAAAAAGAAACUUUAUAAAUAUCUGGUUAGAUUUGGGAUCAAAUCAUCUUAGGAUAGAUAAAAUAGGGAUGAUCAAAUGCUGUGUGAAAUAUCAUGAUCCCUAAGUCACUGAGACAAUGAAAAUCAUUACAAAAGUUUGCACAUUACAAAGAAAUAUCAUUACAGGUCUAUCACUGCUCAAGAUAUGGAAUGUAGAUUUAAGAUAAUUUUAGGGGCCUUUGCUUGAAUUACUGCCGCAAAUAUUUGCAUUUAAAUAGUGCCUUAGUGUAGUUAAAAAGCCCCAAUGUUUCCUGAGAGCAUAAUCUGACAGAAAUUUACAGCAAGCAAAAGAAAGAGACAUUAGAUUACAUAACUAUAAACCUGGUAAAAGAGGUAGGUUUUAAAGAGUGGUUUGAAAGAGGAGACAGGGCUGGAAAGAUGAAGAGGUUUAGCAAGAAAUUCCAGUAUUUAAGGCCCAGAUGGCUGAAGACAUCCCCACAAAUAACAGGAGAAGGAAAGCAGCAGAUACACAAGAGUCGAGAGGCAGAGACAUGCAGCAUUUUCAAAAGGUUUUAGGGAUGGAGAAGGUUAUACAGAUCGUAAAGGCUGGAGAGUGAUUUAAAUGUGAGGAUGACAAUGUAUGUAUUAUCAGAGAACAACUUUUCAUGGUCUUUCUUCACUGAUUAAAUAGAUUGGAGAAAGUGCAGAAUUGAGAAUAGUGGGCGUACGGUAGAAUGGAUUUGGUGAACUGUUCCCUUAUUGGUAAACUGUUCUUAUGUCAUAGUGACAUUUGUUAAAAGUAUUUCGCACUUAACAAUACAAAGUAUCGAAUUUUUAUAAAUGCUAAAAUAUGUUUUUAAGUAAGAAAAUCUAGAAUGUAAAGUUAACUGUCCUACAGGUUCUUGAAUCUGCCUAAUUUAAGAAGUUGCCUAUCCCCUGCUACAUACAACCGCUUAGAGGAUGGAUAGCCAACAAAUUUCAGACAUAUCACAGUGUUGGCUGCACAGUGGGUCAGUAGUUAGCACUGCAACCUCACAGCACUAGGGACCUGAGUUCAGUUUUAGCCUUGGACAACUGUCUGUGUGAUGUUUGCAUGUUUUCCUCCUGUUGGCAUGGGUUUCCUGGGGAAAAAGCUAUUUGUGCAGACUAGGUGGAUGGGCUGUGCUAAAUUGCCCCAUAGUAUGCAGGCUAGGUGGAUUAGCCAUGGGAAAUGCAGGCUUAUAGGGGUAGGUUAGGGGUCUAGGUGGGGUGCUCUUCAGAGAGUCAGUGUAGACUUGAUGCGCCAAAUGGCCUGCUUCCACACUGUAAGGAUUCUAUGACCAUUCAAGUGAAACACUAGAAUGUAGCUAAAGGAAUACCUGUCCUUCAAGCUUUCCCUUCAUCUUUGAAAAGAACUGAUACCUAUUUGGCAUUUUCUUUGACAUGAUUGAAAAUGGAAAAAACUGUAGCAAAUGCAAUUCAAUUUAGGCAGAUGAAUGAUCAUCCAUCACGGACCUAAAAAGGACAGAACAGAGUACUAUCUAAAUGGAGAAAUUUUAGAAAUAGUGUGGCUCUAAAGAGACUUGGAGGUUUAGAUGAGUAAAUCAUCAAAACGUCAUGUUAAGGUAUAGAAAACAAUCAAAAAGCUGUUACAGAGAAUUUCUGAAGAAGGGUCUAGACCCGAAAUGUCAGCUUUCCUGCUCCUCUGCUCCUCCGAUGCUGCUUGGCCUGCUGUGUUCAUCCAGCUCUACGCCUUGUUAAAUGAAAAAGCUGUAUUAGCUUGACAAUUUCAGAAGUUUAUCAGGAUAAAAUUUGGACUGUAAGUGUUGAAUUUCAAGAACAAACUGCAGUGCAGCCCCUGGAAUUUAGCUACCUUUCAGGAGUGAAAUUAGGAAACACUUCUACACACAAAGAUUUAUACAAGUUUGGAAAUCUUCUUCUACAACGACUAUUCAUACCAGAUCAAUUUUUGUCUUAAUUCUGAGAUUGAUGGAUUUUUUUUCAACAAAGGUAUUUUUGGAUAACAGCAUAGGCAGGUAUAUGGAAUUGUUACAGAUCAGACAUCAUCUCAUUAAAUGUUGGCACAGCUUGAGGGAGCUAAAUAACUUAGUCAAUCCAAUGUUCCUAAAAGCUUUAAGAAUUCCUAAAGCUUGUAUGCUAGCAAGCCCUCUGAAAUAUUCCAUUUGUAGAAAACAACAGUCAGAUGAGAACAGUUGAGCUGCAGGGUCAACAGGUUUGUUUAGGUGAUUACACUCAGAGCUGUUGUAAUGCAGUGUUCUUCAAUUUGUGAUCCUGGGAAAGAAUGCUGCCCAUGCUACAGGUUAUCAGAGAUUGUACCAUUGUGUUUGGAAAAGCACAAUGUGGAUGUUUCAAGUCAUUGAUAAUCAAUAUAAAAUGAAUUGAUCAAUUAGGUUUGACAGCUACUUUCCCGGAAUUAAAUUAAUUUUUUAAUGCUUUCUGAUAUUUAGUCUAUCAUUGUCAAACAAAAGUGUCCUUCUGCUAUUCAGUGAGCCAUGGGAGUCGGGGGAGGGGUGUGCGGUGGUGGGGUGGGCAGGUGCUCAGAGUAGUUUUCAUGCUAUUUUCUUAUUUUCCUUGUAAGUAGGAUUGUAGGAUUCAAUUAUUAUCAAAAUGCCCUGUAAGGGGAAUCAAAUGGAUGAAAUAACAAUCUGUCAUACUACAGUGUUAAUAGCUAUAAUCACCAUGCUGCUCUUCCAAAAAGAACUUUGAGUUCUGUUGUGAGAUUGGGAAAAAGCUAUUUGUAUCUCCAAAUAGGCAUUGUAUGGUGCAUCUACUCCACCAUACAGUAUAUCAAUACAUCUAACAUACCUGGUUACAAAUAUUUCAUUGCUGCAACAUAUAUUUCUAUAUUUAUCUAUGUUCUUAAUUUUUGGAUUUAUGCUUCUGCAUUUUUAAAUUCUUAAAGUUCUAUUUAUCUUACUGAUUUGUUUAUUAGUGUAAGUGCUUUGCCAUUCCAGUCAUGUAUGUAGCAUAUAUCACCAUUGAUCAUUCAGCUCAGUUGCAGGGUGAUAUUAUGGCACAGAAAUAAAUGGAACCUAGGUAAACGAAGCUAAAACAUUUUUGGGUUGAAUUUGAAGUGGUCAAAUUAAAAUUAAUUUAAAUCACAUGAACCAUCUGUGCAGCCCAAAUCUUUACCUGGCUUUUACUAAUUUAUUAAUUAUGAAGAACUUUGAAAAAAAUGAAAAUGGAAAAUUGUUACAGAUCAAGUGCCCCUCUGCAAUUCAGAUUAAAACAUGUUGCUGAGCAUCGUGGCAGUUCACUAGAUUGGACCUCGGCCUAUACAUCCGGUUCACUUACAGUAAAAAAGCCACUUUUACGAAGAACAAACAACUAUUGGAUCCAACAUGUUUGACCCUUUUUGAUGGGUCUAAGACCUACCUACUUUCUUUCUCAUCAUAUGCUUCAAUCCCUUUCCAGUGUGUCUUGACUCCUUGUGCACAAUUAAUUUUAACAAUUUUUCCUGAGAGCCUAGUUCUAUUAGUAGUACCCUUAGUAUUAAAGACAUUCUAACUGGUUUCCUCACUGCUAACUUCCUUAUUUUUUAACUUUGUACACCAGUAUAUUUUAACUACAUGGCAGGCUCUUUAAUUUUAGCAAUUUAUGAAGGGAUAGUGCGGUAUGUAAACCAAAUACUGUUCUGCAGAAAAGAGAAAGAAAUUAGAUGUAGAACAAACCUAUGCUGUUUCUGUGCACUUCUUAGCCACAGUCUAUUGAGUGUGUGUAGAACAGAAGUUUAGCUGCUGCUUUAGUUGUGAACAGUGCACAGUACAGCGUAGAUGCUAAAGAAGAAAGAAUGCAUUGUUAGAGUUAUAUCGAGAGAGAUUUUUAUUGCAGUUAAUCUGUGCCAUACUUACUCUUGAAGACCUUUAUGCUGCCAUGACUGCGUGUGUAAUAGGAACAUAAUUACUCAAACAAUCAUUCCUUAGCUGAUGGGUAUUCACGCUCAAAAUAUAACAAGCAUACUUAUUACCAUACAAGAGCUACAAUAAUUAUUAGAUUGCUGCAAUAUUACAUGUAUACUGCUAUUGUAUAACGUGAGUAACAUUUUUUUGACUUUGCAUUUCCAUCUUCUUACACUGUAUGGAUAAUAUUUAUAGGAUUGAAGUGAUAUUAAAAACUACAAAUAUUGCUUGUGUACUUUUUUAUCACAUUUGAAUAA